AUGUCCUCAAAGGCUCCGCGCAAGCUACAACGACGAAAAGAGGAUAUCACCCCCUUGCUAGUCACCAAUCGCUGCCCCGGAGACAUCUGGCCCGGGAUCUCGACGCAAUCUGGACAAGGCCCGAAAGAGAACGGGUUCAAGUUGGAGCCUGGGGCCUCCAAGAACCAAACAGUAUCAGAAGACUGGCAGGGUCGCGUUUGGGGCAGAACGAAUUGUUCCUUCAACGACGAUGGUUCUGGUCCCGCAGAAGGCCGGGGUAAAGCUUGUUACUCUGGCGAUUGCAAUGGUGUACUGAAUUGUCGGGUCGGGGGUGACGUCCCCGUCUCUCUUGCAGAGUUUACCCUAGAUGCCGGAGAUGGGCACACCUAUUACGAUAUUUCGUUAGUCGAUGGUUACAACGUACCCAUGGCCAUCGUCCUACAGCCAUUAGAAAACGUUACCCUCGAUGACAUUCCGCCAAAUCUUACCAACCCAUCAUGCCAAGGCACAGAUGGCCUUCUAGCAAAGAAGGGAUACACCCCAUAUCCCGAGUAUCCCGACUUCCUGCGAACGAACACCUCGUAUCCCUUACCCUUCGAAGACGCGGUGGACGAAGACAAGAUAUCAAGGUGGUGUCCUUGGGAUCUACAGCAGUCUCCUCCCGACAAGCCCGGUGACGGCGUGUAUCCGUACCCUGAUGACAACAUCCAAAGAGCCCAGUUCAACCCUUGCUUCUCCGCGUGCGCGAAGAACAACAAGCCCGAAGACUGUUGCACCGGAGAGUACAAUUCGGCAAGCAAAUGUCGACCAGGCGACUACUCCAAGAGUGUCAAGGAAGUUUGUCCAGAUGCCUACACGUUCGACGAUCAAUCGUCCACCUUCAUCAUCCCCUCUGGAGCUGGCUUCGAAGUCGUCUUCUGUCCAGGAGCACGCUCGACGAACAUACUGGAUACAAGCAUGGAGAAGAUGCUUCAACUAGCACAGUCGGGCAAAGUUGAUCAUCAAGCCGCACUCAGUCUGAAAAGGUCGAGGAAGGAGAUGUUCCGCAGAAGUGCUGCAGCGGGAUCCUUUCGCUUGGACCGCACUGUGCUUACGGUAGCUUUUGUAUCGGCUGUCAUGAGCUUAGCAUGGGUCAGGUAG